AUGAAGUCAUCAUUUGCCCUGUUGGCAACCUAUACUCUCUUGAUGAGUAGGACUGCGAGUUCCAUGCCUGUUCUCGACUUGCGCUCUCUUGAAUCUAGAGACCCAACUCCCGCCGAUCAUGCGUCUGCUCUUUACGCUUAUAUUGUCGAGGACUCGGAAUUAGAGAGAAACAAGGAAAAGCGUGAAAACGAUGCAUCGGCACUCUAUGCUUACAUUGUCGAGGAUUCGGAAUUGGACCAAAUCAAGGCAAAACGUGAAAAUGAUGCCUCGGCUCUCUACGCAUAUAUUGUGCAUGAUAGUGAGCUGGAAGAUUAA